AUGGAGGAGCCGGCUGACGUUUCCGCCAGCGUGCCAGGAAGAGUGCGUUCACUGACUGCCGCGGAGGAGGUCGAGCCGUCAGACGCCGAGGCGCCUUCUCCACGCGUGCCUGACGCCAGCGUGAGUGCUGAGAUACCUGCAUCGCCUAGGAAUACCGCCACUGAUGGCGUGUUGGUCGCAGCAAUUGAUGGGGAUGCGGCGGCAGUCGCACCUGCAGCAGACUCUGGCGACGAUGUGCAGCGGCGACUCACAGCGAUGGACAUGUUCCCUGGCGGUGGCAUCGUUGCCGGGGCAAACACUGAGGUGCCUUUGUCAGCCGAAGUGAUCUCCUACGCGAAGGUGGAGAAGACGCUGGAGGACGAGCGGAAGUGCUUAGCUGAGGUAAAGAGCACUCUUGAGGAGGUGCACGAGGCGGAGCAGGCGCGGCACGCGAUUGAGGGCAGCUUGAGCUCUGACACGACCGAGAAGGAGGAUGCGGAUGAGCCGUGUGAUUUCCUGUAUUACGAGGACGAAGAAGACUCUGCCGUGCGCGCCAUUGAAGACAAGGAAACCAACUUUUCCGCUGCCGUUAAGAACCAAAAGCUUCCAGAGGUUACUGAAGCGGCGAGUUCCACAGCGGCAGACGGCGAUGGCAGCAAAGAGGCUUCUUCGGCUUUGUCAAAACGAAGGGCGGGCGGCCUGCAGCGGCCGCGUUUUUCUCUGAGGCGGGGCGAGGGCGGCCGCCUGUACGCGCGAUUCACGCCGCUGACAGAGUCUGUCAUUCGCUCGGCGUGGGGAGAGGUGGUGUCGAGGCGGGAUGCGCAGUUGGAGGCGAGGAUGCUUCCGGAGGAUUGCCGGUCCACGCGGCCGCGGCCGCGAGUUCGCACUUCCUCGGCGGCGGCUCACCCUCGCCCGCUUUUGCCGCCUGUGAAUGGCUCGGUGCUCUCGCCACCUGGCGGGUCACCGCCGCGAGCAGCAAUUCUUUUGGAUCUCCAGCGCAUCGUGGGGCGCGCCCGCUUUGAGGCGCUGCAGUGGACGUGUGAGCGGAUCGUACCGGACGUGGUUCAUGCUUCACCGAGAGGCGGCAGGGCGGAGGCUGUCGAUGCCACGUCCACGCCGCCGCUCAAUUACGCAGCUGGUAGGUAUUUUCUGCCGCGUGUGUGGAGGACUGUGCCGCCAGGGUCGGGCAGCACCAAGGCUUACGCCCCUUACGCGCUGGGAACUGGGACGAUGGGCGCCAACUCAGUGAACUACCCGUGUGCGAUGGCAUCCACAGCAGCCGCACAUGCCGUACAGCCCGAGGGGGAGAAUUCCUUUGCUGCGGCGCAACCCAGGACUGACGGACGUUCCACUUCUGUUGUGAUGUUGCCUUGCGUGUCGGACAGUGGUAUUUCUGCUGGGCCGGCAGUUAUAAAUACUCCAACGCAGCCCAUUGGACGGAAGCGUGUGGCCACUGCGUCAAGUGCGCCUCUCAUGCGAAUUGGCUCCACAUCUUCCCAGGGCGGAAACGUGAGACGGAGCUCGUAUUCGACUCCGCGCCCAUCCCUAUCCAGCUCCCUUCCCACCAAUGGCGUACGCAAGCCUUCAUGCUCAUUGCCCAUGUACUCAACGGCAGAGCAGUGCCUAGAGAAGGAGCGGGAUUGCCUAGAGCGCGUUCAAGACAUCGUGGAGAAGUUCUACGAUAAGUAUACCCGUUCCUUGCAGGAUGCUCAUGAGAUGUAG